AUGGCAGCAACAAAUCAGAGUGGCAGUCAUGCUUUGGAAUUUGUCUUAACUGGAUUCCCAGGACUCCAUGACAUUCAGCAUUGGCUUUCUGUGCCUUUCCUCCUAAUGUUUAUAGUUGCCUUAUUUGGUAACCUUAUGGUUAUCAUUAUUAUAGCAACUGAGAAAACUCUUCACAAACCUAUGUAUUACUUUAUUUCAAUUUUAUUAGUUGGAGAUCUUAUUACCGGGGUUAGUCUUUUGCCACAGGUUUUAGUUAUACUUUGGUUGGGCUCUCAAAGAAUAUAUUUUAAUACUUGUAUUAUACAAAUGUUUUUUAUUUACUUCACUGUAGCCAUGGAAUCAGCAUUGUUAGUGUUAAUGGCUUAUGAUCGCUACACUGCAAUUUGUAAUCCUUUGAGGUACUCAUCAAUUGUAACAGACACAUUUAUAUUAAAAGGAGUAUUAGCUGGUAUUGUCAGAAGUCUCUCUGUUGUGUUACCUGUAUGUACACUAACUAGUUCUUUAUCUUACCACAUUAAAAGUUUUGUCACUAAUGUUUAUUGUGAAUAUCUUUCUAUCAUAAGUGUUGCAUGUACACGUUCAGUUUUCAAUGAUAUUUUUCUUUACUUUGUGUUCACCAUGGUAAUACUGCCUGAUAUAGCUUUGGUUGGUAUUUCCUAUUAUAUGAUUGCUAAAACAACACUGAAACUGAAAAGUAGGGAAGCACGGUUAAAGGUCUUCAGGACAUGCACCUCUCAUGUUUUUGUUAUUUUAUCUUUUUACAUCUCAGGAGCUCUAACAAUGUUAAUAUUUCUUGUUAAGAAUUCAGUUCCAGCCUACAUGAAUGCCUUGUUUUCAGUUCUGUACAUUAGUAUUCCACCUGCAUUUAACCCUGUGAUAUAUGGUAUAAAAACAAAAGAGAUUUUAAAUGUAAUAUUAUCAUGUGUGCAAAAAUAUAAAAAUAAUAUGUUUGAUUUAAGAAAUGAUUGA